AUGCCGAAGAAGCCUGAUUUUCAGCCUGUUGCUUUUAUUAGCUACGUACAGGUGAUGCCUUCGAGCAAGGGAUUAUCUUCUUCACAGCCCAAUGGGUUUCAACAAGUUCAAAUCAAAGAUCGAUAUUCAUACAAACAUGCUUAUGGUGGAGGCUCAAGCAGCUUUACUAGGAGCUGCAAGGCUGAAAAGUUUGUGGACAAGAGGACUGGCGGCUUGGGUUACAAGCAUGAGGCAAAGUACACCUCCACCGCCAAACAUGUGGACAAGAAGCAAGGGUUUACCACUGAGUGCCAAACCCAGGUGAAGUACAAGAAGUCCGUUUACCCUAACAAGACCCAAGUGAAACAGUCUGCUUCUCCUACUCCUAAAAAGACCCAAGUGAAGUGCAAUAACUGUGCUUGUCCUAACAAGACUCAAGCGGUGGUCCAGAAGUCUGCUUCUCCUUACAAGAGUGUAACCAAGUCCUACAGCAAACGUAUUGACUAUUAUUAG